AUGUCAGCCUCUUUGAUUAACCGCUCCCUAACAAACAUCAGAACAGAACUAGAUUUUUUGAAAGAAUCUAACGUCAUCUCUAAUGACGUUUUUGAUCAAAUAAAUAAGAGCUUGCCAAUGAGAUGGGACCCACCUAGUGCAUCUCGUAAUACCAGUUCAACUUCAUUGGAGUAUGUUGAAGCUCUUUAUCAGUUUGAUCCUCAACAAGACGGUGAUUUGGGCCUAAAACCUGGUGACAAGAUCCAACUCUUAGAAAAAUUAUCUCCAGAGUGGUAUAAAGGUAGCUGUAAUGGCCGCACUGGCAUUUUCCCUGCAAACUACGUCAAGCCAGCUUUCUCUGGGUCUAAUGGACAAUCUAAUCUUCCACCACCUCCACAGUAUAAAGCUCAAGAAUUACAACCAGUCCCAACGCAGAAUAGUGCUGUCUCAUCUUACCAACAGCAGCCAUUCCCUCCACCUUCCACCAACUAUUAUCAACAGCCACAACAAGCACCUGCUCCUGCUCCUCAACAGCAACAGCAGCAGCAACAACCAAACUCUCACAACCAUUUGAAGAGCUUUGGUAGUAAGUUAGGUAAUGCAGCCAUUUUUGGUGCAGGUGCUAGUAUUGGUUCAGAUAUCGUUAAUAGCAUAUUUUAG